UCGUCUCUAUCUUCUUCGCGUCGAUCUCUCUCUGCUUGGAUAUUUUUCUCCAGAUCUCUCCCGUGUCAAUCUUUGAGAUCUGAAUAUCUCCUGAAGGGAAGGAUGCACGGAUUCGAGGCGCCACCAUGCUGGUCUUCUUACAACGGCGGAUUACAACAAUCUGUGCCAAUGUGAAAACCUAGACGACAUCAAAAUGCACCUCUCCGCCACCAAAUACGGCUCUUACCUCCAGAACGAACCGUCACCUCUGCAUACCACCACAAUCGUGGAGAAGUGUACGCUCAAGCUUGUGGAUGAUUACAAGCAUAUGCUUUGCCAAGCUACUGAGCCUAUGUCCACCUUCUUAGAGUACAUCAGACGUCAACUUGUUCCUUGGCACAAGCUAAUUUGGUUUAAGCAAGGUGUACCACGGUUUGCGUUUAUCACCUGGUUAGCGGUUAAAGAUAGGUUAUCUACGGGAGUUAAAAUGUGUGCCUGGGGUCAGAUUCAGGGUUGUCUAUUUUGUGGCGAGCAUGAAGAGACUAGAGAUCAUCUAUUUUUGCGUGCCCCUAUAUCUACACUCUUUGGUUACAAGUAUUAGCCACGCUACUGCAGCCCGCUCCAUCCCCAGAUUGGGAUGAGAAUGUUCAAACAUUUUGACAGGCUCUCAUGGUCUGUGAAUCUCUAUACUCUUGAGACUGUCAUUCCAAGUUUUAAUAUACUACAUAUGUCGUGAAAGGAAUGAGAGAAGACACUCUCAGUAAUCCCGGCAAGUGGGUCAACUUGUAAUGAUCAUUGACAAAACUAUAAGGCAAAGAAUCAUGUCUACUAGAUAUGCAGAGAAGCCGAAGUUGCAGGGUCUACUCUAGUCUUGGUUUGGAGCUCAUACUGAGCAUAGUUAGGAGGCAGGUUUUAGCUUUAUC